AUCGCGCAUUUCGUGGAAGCCUUUGCAAGGACGAUUGACGAGCACUCGGCCAGCGAGCGCAAGAAGUAUUCAGAAACAUCCGAUUCACCCGGUCACGAAGAUAUCAUUCUUGACGAUCGUAUCGUCGAGAAAAUCACUCCCACAGUACGUCGACUGCGCAACUAUGGUUAUGACUCACGUUGCCCUUCAGCGGUUUGCUGGCUCAAGGAUCGUGACCAAGAGUGUCAGUGUAUUCCUAUCCCAGAUGAAGCGAGAAAAAUGUCCGGGCUCUUGGUAUCAUAUAGACGGAAUCCUUGUUACGAGUUCUUUCGUUUCAACAGAGAUGCCUUCUUUCAACUCCAACUAGUAGAGACCCUGAUCCUUUACGGCGAGAUGGAUGCCGUCUUGCGCAUCUGCGCCAAUCCAGAGAUUGGACUGAAGUAUUGGUGGCUUCUCAGCGAGUGCCAAUGUAAUGACCCAUGCUACGACAUUGGCUGGGACCAGCUUUUCAAAAAUGCACUGUCCGCCUAUAUCUGCCUCAACAUAGUCUAUUGUUUCCCGGAGAUGUGGGACACAGCAUCAGGGAGAACCGAUGAAAAAGAUUAUCGCAACACUAGUUUUUAUCAACGCAUGCUACGAGAAUGCACCGCGUCUUGGAAGCAUUCCGAUGUGAUAACAUAUCCACACCGACAAUUUUUCGGCAUCGCAGACAGACACCCACUGCUAAAGUGGGCAGGAUGCACCAAAAAAUCUGACCGUCCCGUUGAACUUUACGGAAGGGUGUCAAUUGAGGAAUUCCUCUUGCUGGAUAGCUCAAUGAACUAUCAGCCAGCUGUAUCCGACGUGGUCUCUGUACGGUGGAUUCUGUGCAAGAAGGGGCUUCCGAUGGAGCUGACAAUGGACAUCAUGGAACUCGCAGGAUAUGAACCCAGACGAAGACUUGAGAUACCGCACGAUCCGUUCCACCCGUCUAAUCGCGAGGAGUUUUCUCGAUACCUCAAGUAUUGCUGGCAGAUCAUUGUUCGCUGUGAUAUGAUGCGGAAGGCUUUUGGCAAGGAAAUGCGUUGGCAAGAAUUUGUGGCAGAUAUUAUUAUCGGGUUCUUCGACUUUAGGCAUGCUCCCUGCUACGACAGUCGGAGGACGCCUUGGGGAUGUUGGGAUCCUAAUGAACCUCGGAAUCUAUCCUAUGUUUUUGCAUAA